AUGGCCUUCUUCUCCCGAUUGGAUCUUCAUGAGGGCCUCCGCACCUUCUCUGUUAUGCAUUGGAUCCCAUUCUAUAUAAUUUUAGGAACUAUUCCUAUUGCCUUGUUUCCCUGGGUUCUGGCAUGCACUAAGUUCUGGAUGGUGCCUGUGAUCACCUUUGCUUGGCUCACCUAUGAUUGGGACACCCACAGAUUAGGUGGUAGGCGUUUGCCAUGGGUACGAAACUGGACCCUCUGGAAGUAUUUCCAAACUUACUUCCCAGUGAAGCUGGUGAAGACUCAUGACCUCUCUCCCAAACACAACUAUGUCAUUGUCAACCACCCCCACGGUAUUGUCUCCUACGGUGUCUUCAUCAACUUUGCCACUGAGGCCUCUGGCUUUGCUCGGAUUUUCCCAGACAUCACUCCCUCUUUAGGGACCUUGGAAGGGAUCUUCUGGAUCCCAUUUGUGCGAGAAUAUGUGAUGUCAAUGGGUAUAUGCCCAGUGAGUGAGGUGGCCUUGAAGUAUUUGCUGACCCAGAACAACUCAGGCAAUGCCGUGAUUGUUGUGGUGGGUGGAGCUGCUGAAGCCCUCUUGUGCCGACCAGGAGCCUCUACCAUCAUCCUUACACGGCGUAAAGGUUUUGUGAAGCUGGCACUGAAGACAGGAGCAUAUCUUGUCCCUUCCUAUUCCUUUGGAGAGAAUGAUGUUCACAAUCAAGAGACCUUCCCUGAGGGCACAUGGAAAAGAUUCUUCCAAAAAUACUUCCAGGCUACAAUGAAAAAAAUUCUGGGACUAAAUUUCUGUACCUUCCACGGACGGGGCCUCACUCGGGAAUCCUGGGGCUUCCUGCCUUUCAACCGGCCCAUUACCACUGUUGUUGGGAAGCCCCUGCCAAUCCCCAAGAUUGAGAAACCAGACAAGAAGACAGUGGACAAGUACCAUGCGCUCUACACCAGUUCCUUGCGCAAGCUAUUUGAUGAGCACAAAGUUCAGUAUGGCCUCCCUGAGACCCAGGAACUGACAAUUCUAUAA